UUGUAUUUAUCCUCCUUGGUAAUAGAUGGGUGAGUAUAGUCUGUUGAAGGGAGGGGAAGUUUGACUGAUAGUACUCUGAAAAAAGGGAAGUCAUUGCAUGUGUCAGAAUAAAUUCUGCCCUAAAUAAAAUAUGUCUUAAAGCAGCUUAGUUAAGGAAUGUUUAAAUGCCAACAUGUGCUGGUUCCCUUGUCCUAGCUAGGAUGAUCUAACAUGAGUUAGGGAAAAAAUCAGUUUGCUUUCCCAAGCUCAUAAAAAUAUGUGUUUGCUGGGGUCCACAUAUACUAUUGUUUUCAGAGACUCCUAAGUAAUGAAGAUAGAUUAAGGAGAGUAAAGGAAAAAAGAAAUCUUAGUGACAUGAUCUAAAAGUUAUUCACAUAAGAUUCAUCUGGCAGGUAACAACCUCACCUAUUUUCAAGAAAUGUUUUCUUUUAAUAUUAAUACUUUAUAUUAUCUUGGAGUGAAGCAGUUCCUGUUCCCACAGAAAGUUGUACAGGCAUAGCUGGUGGUGAAUUAAGAAAUUCUUAUGAAACCACUGACGGGAAUUAUUUACAAAUUAUGCAAGACUCUUUGAACUUUGAUAUUUAGUUAAUGAUAUCAAGUAACUAGCUUCCUUUAAUGCACUAAAAUUCAGAGCCACAUUUGAGAACUGCCACUGAAGCAGAUUCCAAACCCAAAACUUCGAAACUGGAGUAUAUGUAUUUAUAUACCUUCAGGAAUAUCUAACAUGCUGUUCCUCAUCUAUGUCAUCCUCACCUUGCGGGUUUCCUUUGCUGAAGGACAAGAGAGAACUUGUGAUUUUCCAGAAAUAAAACAUGGAAAUCUAUAUGAUGAAAACAGAUAUAAACCAACCUUCCCAGUUGCUAUGGGAUCCUAUUUCUACUACACCUGUGAUCAUAGCUUUGUGUCUCCUUCACAAACCCUCUGGACUCGAAUAACCUGAACUGAACAAGGCUGGGCUCCAACACCCAAGUGUCGCAGGCAGUGCUUUUUCCCUUCUGUGGAAAAUGGUCAUUCUGGUUCUUCAGGACAAAUACACCUGGAAGGUGACAUCAUACAAAUUGUCUGUGAUACAGGCUUCAACCUUCCAAAUAAUCGGAGAAACAUCUCAUGUCAAGAGGGUGGCUGGUCCACCCCUCCCCGAUGCAGCCGUAUCUAUUCUAAAGGAAAAUGUGGGCCCCCUCCGGCUAUUGACAAUGGAGAUAUAACCUCAUUUCCACGAGGGGAAUAUGCUCCAGGAUCAGCAGUGGAGUAUCAAUGCCAGGCCUACUAUGUACUUCAGGGUGAUGCACAUGUGACAUGUAGAAAUGGAGAGUGGUCAGAGCCACCAAAAUGCUUAGGGACAUGCGUAAUAUCACCAGAUAUCAUGAAUGAACAUAACAUAGAGUUAAAAUGGUCAUCUAAGCAAAAACUGUAUUCCAGAACG